AUGAGACGCAAUGUGAAAGUGUUUGGCAUAAUUUCCAUCACCUGGAUCGUGGUGGUCAUCUACUACUUCCAGGGUGACUACUAUCACAACGAUGGAAAUCGUGCGUUGCGCUUACGCAGCACUAAAACGAAACAACUUACUUCCGACAACUACAAUGCAGGAGGAGCUCAACAUAGUCUCCAGAGCAGCAAUGGCAACAGCAAUAGCAAUAGCAAUAGUAUUUUUAGCUACAACUCACCGCCAAUGACCUGGGACUAUUUCGACGAGGCCAGCUAUAUCCAGAAAGGUGGUCUACAGAGAGGAGAGGAUCCAUAUUUGAGGAAUCGCUUCAACCAGCAGGCAAGCGAUGGGCUGAAGAGUAACAGGGAGCUGCCGGACACCCGGAAUGCGAUGUGUCGUCGUACGGGGUGGGACGAUAGCAGCAGCAGCAUCGCCCAUUUGCCAGCGACCAGCGUGAUUAUCACGUUCCACAACGAGGCUCGUAGCACGCUUCUCCGCACGGUGGUGAGCGUCCUUAAUCGCUCCCCAGAACGAUUAAUUCACGAAAUUAUUCUCGUGGAUGAUUAUUCUGACUUCCCCGAGGAUGGGCAAGAAUUGGCGAAAAUCCAAAAGGUGCGCCUCAUUCGCAACAGCAAGCGUGAGGGUUUGGUUCGAUCUCGAGUAACUGGUGCUGCCGCCGCCUCGGCCAAAGUGCUCACGUUCCUCGACAGUCACUGUGAGUGCAAUGUAAACUGGCUUGAACCUCUGCUUGCUCGGGUGGCAGAAGAUCCUACGCGUGUCGUGUGUCCUGUGAUUGACGUAAUCAGCAUGGACACGUUCCAGUACAUCGGAGCGUCUGCCGAUUUACGUGGUGGGUUCGAUUGGAAUCUCGUGUUUAAAUGGGAGUACCUGAGCAACGCCGAACGGAAGUUGAGACAGCGCGAUCCUACGGCCCCCAUUCGAACGCCCAUGAUUGCCGGUGGACUGUUUGUCAUCGAUAAGGCGUACUUCGAGCGACUCGGCACGUAUGACACACAGAUGGACAUCUGGGGAGGUGAGAAUUUAGAAAUCAGCUUUCGAGUGUGGCAGUGCGGUGGCUCCCUGGAGAUCAUCCCCUGCAGUCGAGUGGGACAUGUAUUCCGGAAGCGGCAUCCAUACACGUUCCCUGGUGGAGGAAGCGGGAAUAUAUUCGCUAAAAACACCCGCCGUGCUGCAGAGGUUUGGAUGGAUGAGUACAAGAAGUACUACUAUGCUGCCGUUCCGUUGGCUACUAACAUUCCUUUUGGUGACAUCGACGAUCGGUUGCAGCUGCGCAAGGAUCUACAAUGCAAACCAUUCCGAUGGUAUCUGGAGCAUGUCUAUCCGCAGCUGAGCAUACCGGAUAAGCGAAUCAAUGGCAGCGUAAGGCAGGGCGUCCACUGUCUGGAUAGUCUGGGAAAUAUGAUCGGUGCAGUGGUCGGGCUGUACACCUGCCACGGAAACGGUGGCAAUCAGAACUGGAUACUUAACAAAAAGGGCGAAAUGAAGCAUCAUGAUCUCUGCCUGACAUUGGUUAAAUUCACAGUCAACGCGCGUUACAACAGUGUGCUGAUGAAGUAUUGUGACGAUUCGGAGAAUCAACAGUGGCAUCUUAAGGAUGGUGGAUUGAUACAGCACCGAAAGAUAAACGUUUGUCUCGAUGCGCGGCACGUUAAAGAACGAGGCAUCACAGCCGAACGAUGCAAUUCUGCACUAGAAUCACAGCACUGGAAGGUCGUAAUGGAUGUGCAAUAAAGUACGAUAAAUAGAUAAAGAGAGAUAGAGAGAGAGAGAGAGAGAGACAAAAUUCGAAAGAUUUGUCUUGCAUUACCGACUGUUUUGCAUACAGUCAGUGAGGUGUGUUCCGUGUUCUUUGUUGUUAUAUACAUACAUUCUAUUCAAACCCAAUUCAAACUCCUGAUAUAAAGAUAUUAGAUAGUACGGAACCUUAGCACUGCAACGCGUUAGAUCUGGAACAGUAUGAUGAGGCGUGAAUCGAUUCAUAUUUUGCAUCUACGUAGAACCAUGCAACUGUAUACACAUACCCUCCCGUAAACUCACACAUACACCAAUGCAAACUAGUUUAAAAACGAACGAAUAGGAUUCUCGCUGUAAUGACGCAAAUACAACAUUUUUAUUAUAAAUCAUUUUUGUUAAAAAAAAAACAAAGCUAAAAUCUAUGAAGCGAUCAGUAAACAAUUCAGGAAUAGUUUUGUC